UCGAUCUUCUAUCAAUACCGUUUGCUGGCAGUUUGAAAUGGAUCUGCGCUUGGUGAUCGUAGUUUGCUGUGCCGUUUUACAUCCUGAAUUAGUGGAAUGCCUACCACCAUUGUUUGGGAGUGCAUUAUUCGGUGGGCGGGUGGAAAAACCGUUGCUCGCACUGUCGCUAGAAUCGGGCGAAGCAGCAACCGUGGCGGCACCGUCGCCCGUUGAUCGGUUUCACGAUGAGGAGGAAGAAUUUUACCCGCUAAAGGGCUAUCAGCUACGACGGAUAACAAGUUCCAAGCGGUUUUACGAUAUGGUUCUGGGCGUGCUGCAAGUGCUCGAAACGCAAGCGCGCCAGAAAGUGCAACGCGCCCGAGAACAACGGGAAAGCGUACGAUCAGCAUAUGAUGACGACGAGGAAGACGAGCAACCGGCCUAAUGGAUCAAUUUUGCUGAUGGGAUGAAACGGCACACGCUGGGCAGCAAAAAAAGGUACCAUCAAACCGGAUCG